AUGACUAUGCCUUUUAACAAAAACUUGUUAACUCCCUGUCCUGUAUUGACUCCUAAUGAAGAAGAAUUUAGAGAUCCAGUUGGUUAUUUGUCAAAUGAGGAGAAUUUGAAGUUGGGAGCCACGUACGGGAUUGUCAAGAUAGUUCCGCCUCCACAUUGGAAACCAAGCUUUCAUAUUAAUCCGGAUUUCAAAUUUCACGUUCGGAAACAGGUGAUCAGUGAUUUGGGAAUAACAACAAGAUCAAGAGACUUUUUCCGUGAGAAUAUUAACCGUUUCUUGAAAAUGAGAAGAAAACGUCAGUUGAAAUUGUAUUUCGAAGUAGAUGGUACAAAAGUGUACUAUUAUGAUUUGUAUAGAGAUGUUGAAGAGAUGAGUGGUGCUAUGAAUGAAGAGAAAUGGCAUACUUUAGGUUCAAAAUUUGGUGUUGAUUAUAAGAGAAUCAAACAAGAAUAUGAGAGUAAUAUCAAAUAUUACGCAAAUUAUCUUCACCACAAUGCAAAGUAUGAGUUCCCCGAUAGUGAUUCCGAAGACGAAUUUGACAAUUGUUUGAUUUGUGGACAACAUGAUGAUCCACUGGAAACAUUGCUUUGUGACAAUUGCGAUAAUCCAUUUCACAUGAAAUGUUUGAAUCCUCCAUUAACUGCAGUACCAGCUACAAAUUGGUAUUGCGACAAGUGUUUGAUAGGAACAGGUGAAUAUGGGUUUGAUGAAGAUGUUGAUGUCAAGUAUACCAUUCCACAGUUUAUUAAGAUGUGUCAAGAGUUUGAUUCAAAAUUUAUUAAAGAUUACAACAAUGGACAACCAUUGACAGUAGAUGCUAUUGAACAGAAAUUCUGGUCCUUUGUUGAUAUUGAAAAGUCAGAUCUAGAGGUCAUGUAUGGUGCGGAUAUUCAUAACUUGAAACCAGGAGAAAUCAGUGGUUUCCCUAUGGAGAAUACACCCAAUCUUGAUACUACAAACCCUGUUGUUCAGUAUUAUAUCAACCACCCUUGCAAUUUGAACAAGCUUCCCUUGGCUAAAGGAUCACUACUUAAUUUUAUUAAUACUUCAAUAUCCGGGAUGACCAUCCCUUGGAUCUAUGUUGGUUCUUUAUUGUCUACAUUUUGUUGGCACGUUGAAGACCAUUAUACUCUUUCAGCCAAUUAUUGUCAUUUUGGUGCUACAAAGAAAUGGUACGGUAUACCUUCACUGUUUGCAGAUAAAUUUGAAAAACUAAUGAAAGAUGCUGCUCCAGAUUUGUUUAAGCGACAACCUGACCUUCUUCAUCAAUUGGUUUCUUUAAUGUCGCCAAUGCAGUUGGUUGCAAACGGUAUUCCAUGCGUUUACGCGGAUCAAAAUCCUAAUGAAUUUGUUGUCACAUAUCCCCGCGUAUACCAUGCUGGGUUCAAUUGCGGAUUCAAUUUUAAUGAGGCAGUUAAUUUUGCAACAGACCAAUGGUUGGAAUUUGGCGAGAAAUCUAUUGAUGACUAUAGACCAAUUAAGAAGGAGAAUGUUUUUAAUCAUAAUGAAUUGAUGGAGAAUAUACUUGUGAAGUUCAACAAAGACCGCGGUGUUAGCAUCGAUUUGGUAAGGCGAAGUUUGGCUGGAUUUGAAAAGUUUGUGAACCACCAGAAUGGAUUGUUAUCAAAGUUGAAAGGCAAAUUUGAUGUUGAAUUUGUGAAGCAAGAACUUUCCGACGAUGAAAGUCUAUGUGAUCAUUGCAAAACUCAUUUGAGUUAUCAAUAUUGUAUCAUACUACCUGAGAGCAAACGUAAGAAACCAAUGGCAAUAUCACACUUGCUUACACCACAAGCAUCACCUCAAGAUGUGAUUUUGAAACAAGAAGUGGAACAAGAAAAAGUUGAUGAAUUAGCCAAUUCACAGGCCUCACAUAAUCUUUCGCAAUUGAAUAAAGAGCCGGUUGCUGAACUGGAUAAAUUUCAAAGCUUGAUUGAGAAUGCAAAGAAGGAAAUCUCAGAAGAGAACAACGAUGCUCCUACAACAAGAAGAAGAUCUAAACGAAUUCUUACAUUGAAACAAAAAGAAGAACCUCCUAAAAAGAAAGCUCGUAUGGGUAAAAUGACUAAAAAAAGGGAUCAAACUGCGGUUCCUAGUGAACCAAAGCUUUGUCUACAAUGUGUUUGCUCAUUAGAUGAGAAGUUGCAACACGGUAAACUUGUUUAUAUUAAACAAAUGCCUGCAUUGGAAGAAUUGAUUAGCGAAACCAAGAAUAACCUUAAAUAG